UUGGAUGGAGGCGAGGCGUGGAUUCGGGGACUGGGGGUUGAGACUGCCUCUUCCUCCUCCCUCGACUACGCCAAGACGGGAGGAGCACACAGCUCCAUCUGGGGCUGAGCCAGGCGACGUCGUCCUAUAGAGAGUUCUGCACUCCGAGCUCUGAGUCAGUAGGGGAGAAAGCGGCACGUAGGAAGCAGAAAGUUACAGCUGUGCCGAGCACGCACGGCGUAGCAAUCGUAAGCGCAGUGGUGCCUGCGGACGGCGACGAAGAGGGGAGGCGGAGGAGCGGAGGCGAUGGAUAACUCCCACGCUAAAGAAGUGCAGGAGGUGCUGGCCCAUUUCGGGGUGGACGAGAGCAAGGGGCUGUCGCAAGACGAGGUGGUGAUUCUGCGAAAAAAGCACGGUCCCAACGAGCUCCCAGCGGAAGAAGGCAAGACGCUAUGGGAGCUGGUGGCCGAGCAGUUCCAGAACCUCCUGGUGCGAAUUCUUCUCCUCGCCGCCACGGUCUCCUUCGUGCUGGCGUGGUUCGAGGAGGGCGAGGAGACCAUCACGGCGUUCGUGGAGCCGUUCGUCAUCCUCCUCAUCCUCAUCGCCAACGCCAUCGUUGGGGUCUGGCAGGAGCGUAAUGCGGAGGGUGCCAUCGAGGCGCUGAAGGAGUACGAGCCCGAGAUGGGCAAGGUGUACCGCCAGGACCGCCGCAUCCUGCAGCUCGUGAAGGCCCGAGACCUCGUGCCCGGCGACAUCGUGGAGAUCGCCGUGGGUGACAAGGUUCCGGCCGACGUGAGGCUCACCUCCAUCAAGUCAACCACCCUCAGGGUGGACCAGUCCAUUCUGACAGGAGAGUCCAUAUCCGUGAUCAAGCACACGGACGCGAUCCCUGACCCCCGUGCCGUCAACCAGGACAAGAAGAACAUGCUGUUCUCCGGCACUAACAUCGCGGCGGGACGUGCGGUGGGCGUGGUGGUGGCCACGGGCGUCCACACGGAGAUCGGCAAGAUCCGCGACGCCAUGGUCUCCACGCAGCAGGACAAGACGCCGCUGCAGCAGAAGCUGGACGAGUUCGGCAAGCAGCUGUCCAAGGUCAUCUCGUUCGUGUGCGUCGCCGUGUGGCUCAUCAACAUCGGCCACUUCAGCGACCCCGUGCACGGCGGCUCGUGGCUGCGCGGCGCCGUCUACUACUUCAAGAUCGCCGUGGCGCUGGCCGUGGCCGCCAUCCCCGAGGGCCUCCCCGCCGUCAUCACCACGUGCCUGGCGCUGGGCACGCGCCGCAUGGCCAAGAAGAACGCCAUCGUGCGCAGCCUGCCCUCCGUCGAGACGCUCGGCUGCACCUCGGUCAUCUGCUCCGACAAGACGGGCACGCUCACCACCAACCAGAUGAGCGUGUGCCGGAUGUUCAUCCUCGACAGCGUGGAGGGGGAUUCGUGCUCACUGCACGAGUUCAACAUCAGCGGCUCCACCUACACGCCCGACGGAGAAGUAUUGAAGGACAACAAUCGCGUGCAGACGGGGAAGUACGAUGGCCUUGUGGAGCUCGCCACCAUCUGCACGCUCUGCAACGACUCUUCGCUCGACUAUAACGAGGCUAAGGGCAUCUACGAGAAGGUGGGCGAGGCGACGGAGACGGCGCUCGUUUGCCUCGUGGAGAAGAUGAACGUGUUCGGCACCGAGCUGAACGGGCUGAGCAAGGUGGAGCGAGCGAACACGUGCAACAACGUUAUCAAGCAGCUCAUGAAGAAGGAGUUCACGCUUGAGUUUUCCCGCGACCGCAAGUCCAUGUCGGUUUACUGCGUGCCGAGCGGCAGCACCGGCAAGUUUCAGGGCCCCCGCAUGUUCGUCAAGGGCGCCCCCGAGGGCGUGGUGGAGCGCUGCAGCCACGUGCGCGUCGGCUCCACCAAGGUGCCGCUCACGGCUGGCGUGCGGCGCGAGAUCCUGGCGACGAUCCGCGAGUACGGCACGGGGCGCGACACGCUGCGCUGCCUGGCGCUCGCUACGCGCGACGCCCCCCCCAAACCCGAGGACAUGAAGCUGGAGGACUCGACGCAAUUCGCCAAGUAUGAGGUGGACCUGACGUUCGUGGGCGUCGUGGCGAUGCUGGACCCCCCGCGGCGCGAGGUGUCGCACUCGAUCGCGCUGUGCCGCGAGGCGGGCAUCCGCGUCAUGAUGAUCACCGGCGACAACAAGGGCACGGCCGUGGCAAUCUGCCGCCGCAUCGGCAUCUUCGGCGAGGAGGAGAACGUGGAGGGGCGCGCCUACACGGGCCGCGAGUUCGACGACCUCCCGGUGGAGCAGCAGCGGCAGGCCGUGCAGCGCGCGUGCUGCUUUGCGCGUGUCGAACCGGCUCACAAGUCCAAGAUCGUGCAGUACCUGCAGUCCUUCAACGAGAUCACAGCGAUGACGGGCGACGGCGUGAACGACGCCCCAGCGCUCAAGAAGGCCGAGAUCGGCAUCGCCAUGGGUUCCGGCACGGCCGUGGCCAAGUCGGCGUCCGAGAUGGUGCUCGCCGACGACAACUUUGCGUCGAUCGUGGCGGCUGUGGAGGAGGGGCGGGCCAUCUACAACAACAUGAAGCAGUUCAUCCGCUACCUCAUCUCCUCCAACGUGGGCGAGGUGGUGUGCAUCUUCCUGACGGCCGCCCUGGGCUUCCCAGAGGCACUGAUCCCCGUGCAGCUGCUGUGGGUGAACCUGGUGACGGACGGCCUCCCGGCUACGGCUCUUGGAUUCAACCCUCCCGACCUGGACAUCAUGAACAGGCCUCCUCGCAGCCCCAAGGAGGGCCUCAUCAGCGGCUGGCUCUUCUUCAGAUACAUGGCCAUCGGAGUGUACGUGGGGUUCGCGACGGUGGGCGCCGCCGCCUGGUGGUUCCUGAUUGCCGACGAUGGGCCGCAGCUCUCCUUCUACCAGCUGAGCCACUUCACCCAGUGCCGCGUGGAGGACCCGCUGUUCGAGAGCGUGGGGAGCUGCGAGAUCUUCGACUCUCCCAUCCCCAUGACGAUGGCGCUGUCCGUGCUCGUCACCAUCGAGAUGUGCAAUGCCCUCAACAGCCUGUCUGAGAACCAGUCCCUGCUGCGCAUGCCACCCUGGGUGAACGUGUGGCUGCUGGGGGCCAUCGGCCUCUCCAUGUCGCUGCAUUUCCUCAUCAUGUACGUGGGACCGCUGCCGCUGGUGUUCCAGGUGCGGCCCCUCACCCUGACCCAGUGGGCCAUGGUGCUCAAGAUCUCGCUGCCCGUGCUGCUCCUCGACGAAUCGAUGAAGUUCGUCGCGAGGAACUUCCUGGAGCCUCCAUCGCCCAUGAAAGACGCAAGCAAGUAGACAGCAGCGAGGAGGAGCGAGGACCGAGGCUGGCGGCGCGGGCGGACGCCGUCCAAGCGAGCGAGUGUGGCGUUGCUUUUUGUGUUAUUUUUGUUUUUUGCUCUGGGGUGGAAAAUGCUUUCGGUUGGGUUUGGCGACGCCGCGGCAGUGUCGCCGUGCCACCGCACGGGAUUGUGGACUGACCCCGGGGCGUGGGUCACGUGGCAAGGAAAUAUUCCUCGGGGUUUUUGUGAUCUUAGCAAAUGUCUCCGGUUAAUUUUAGGUUUCAAAGUUUUAAAUGGCUCGCCUCAAGCUGAGAACAAAAUAUGUUUUUCUCUAAGUUUGACCGCCCUCUCCCCACCAGCGCCAACUGUUUGGGUGGAUACUCACCUGUGAUUGGAGUUUUCAUAAAAUUCGUUUCCCAGUCACCAUGGAAACUCUUUCGCGCCACCAAACUAAAAUUUGUCCCCAGCGCGAAACCGUGGGCGAGUCGACGCGGUGGGGGCGGAGGAGCAGGGAGUGACACGACGAGAUAGGGAGCCGACGAUGGCGGAGCAGAGCGUACGGUGCAAAAAAAGUUCAACCGCACGUGCGUACGGUUUGGCUUGCGUGGGUCCUGCGAGGAGCCGCGUUGAGCCCACCGUGAAAAGGAAAGUGACUCGAGUUCACAUGGCUUCGCCACCUCCCACCCAGAUCCUCGCGCUGCGUCUCAGUAGUGCUGAUAUUUGUUUGUGCAUUCCUCCAGCGAGAACACGGCCUUUUAGCGUCACGCCUCGUCAACUCGCGCGUACCGUUGGUCGCUCGCGUGUACGUUGCGCGAUGCGCGUAUAAAUUGUGUAACGACCACGGCGUUUACGAAACGUCUGCCGGAUGUGCCAAAGCAAAUGAAGACCGCAUUCCAAUUUCGCCCUUAACAUCGAUGCAAAACGCAGGCCACUCCCAGGUUUUGUUUUCUAAAUCAAUAUCGGGCCCAAAUUGCAUCGGUGCAUAUUUACAUUCACAGGUGUAUGCUUGCAUGAUUUACAUUCGCAGGUGUAUGCUUGCAUGAUUUACAUUCGCACGUGUAUGCUUGCAUGAUGCAGUAAUGAAAUUCCUAUUUGGCAGUGCUACUUCAUUACGCGAAUGAAGAUGCUAUCGUUUAUUUAUUUAAAUAAGCGGUGGGGGUCGCGUCGAGGCCCUUCCAGCAGAGCCGUGGCUGUCGGGGUUCGACUCCCUGUGGCAGGACCUCGGAGCUCACACAGCCAGUGAAUGCCCUUGGUCAUCACCGGGUGAGAGCCCAAUUGAGGUGCUUGUUUGUGCCUUCAGCAAUGGAGAGCUGAGUACAGGCAGCCAGAUCCCGAAGGAGGGCCGUGUGUUUUGAUUGAAAUGGUGGUUGACCUUUGGGGACCCUUGGCUUACAAUUGAUACAAAGUGGUUAACCUUGGUGAUGAUAGUAAUUGACCCCUAGGGACCCAGGGGUGAUGACUGAUAACACUUGUUGUAGUUGGUGAUAAUGGUUGUUGACCUUUAUGGACCAAUGGAUGAUAGAUUACAGUGGUUGACGUCUGUUAGCACGGGAGCGUGCGUGCGUAGCGAGAAGAACACUUAGCAGCGUGAAUACUUUGUUUUGUGUUUGUUCGCCAUUGGUAAAACGUGUGUGUUCUUUUUUUAAAGAAUGGAACUUUAUACAGCGCUUUAUAAACAUGUUUGCGGCGUUGAUUCGGUGAAAACAGAAACAGGUGACAGGAGGUGUUCAACGGACACGGAGAUGGCACCACGGGAGUGGCAGCCGACGGUGUCGCCAGUAGUUAUUAGGCAAAGGUCGCGGGGGGGGCUGCACACCACUACAACAGUUGGCAAACGUUAAGGCCUAGUUCUACCACAUUGUAUCAGGGCAGCGGUGGCGGCAGUGGCACUGCUGUACCUGUGCACCCUGCUCCAAUGUCAAGGAGGGGCAAAUACACCCCCGCCCCCGCCCUGUGGCCCUGUGCCCCUGCGGUGAAGCUAUUCGGAGUACGUUUGGUUUUUACCUGCGAUGUUCUUAAUUGGAUUAAACCAAGCACCAACAUUGCCCCCACUCGCAUGCCGCCCCCACCCCCGGGGCCCCAUGGCCCGCAGUGACCAAGACGCCGAGCUACAACGAGGCAGAGAAAUUCUACCCGGGGGUGGGUGGGGGAAAGAGGAGCCCCCCCCUCCCCAAUUCAUCGCUUGCAGCAGGGCCCACGCCACCCACACGUUGUGCCACCGCCUGUGCCACCACCUGUGCCACCGCCUGUGCCCCCCAUCCCGCCACGCGUGGUGAUGGUUCUGUACCGUGAGUCCGUUCCGUUCGCGCGGGGGGUGGGGGGCUCCUCUUGGUGCGAGAAGGGAACCGCGUGCGAGCGGCGCGGUUUUCGUUUUUUAAAAUGUUUCGUUUUAGACUUUUUUUGUUCGUUUGUUAAUUUAAUCCUGGGAUAAAAAAUAUAUAUAAUAAAAAAAAACCGUGUCCUAC